AUGGUGGAUGCUCUGAUAGUGCCAGUGAGAAAAGUGGCCCAACGUUUGAAAGCGUCUUCUUCAAAAGCUACUCUGUGCAUGAUGCGUGGGGCCACAGUUUGGGGAUAUGGAUUCCUGUCGGUGACAAUUAUUAAUCUGGCAUCUCUCCUCGGGUUGGUUUUGACUCCGUUGAUAAAGAAGUCUUAUUUUCCCAAAAUUUUGACAUAUUUUGUGGGGCUGGCUAUUGGGACCCUUUUUUCAAAUGCAGUUUUCCAACUUAUUCCAGAGGCAUUUGGAUUUAAUCCCAAAAUUGACAACUAUGUUGAGAAGGCAGUUGCUGUCUUUGGUGGAUUUUACCUACUUUUCUUUGUUGAAAGAACCCUUAAGAUGUUAUUGAAGACAUAUGGUCAGAAUGAUCACACCCACUUUGGAAAUGAUGACUUUGGUCCUCAGGAAAAAACGCAUCAACCUAAAACAUUACCUGCAAUCAACGGUGUGACAUGCUAUGCAAACCCUGCUGUCACAGAGCCUAAUGGACACCUUCAUUUUGAUAGCGUCAGUGUGAUAUCUCUCCAGGAUGGAAAAAGGGAGUCAAGUUCAUGUACCUGUUUGAAGGGGCCCAAACUGUCAGAAAUAGGGACAAUUGCCUGGAUGAUAACGCUCAGUGAUGCCCUCCACAAUUUCAUUGAUGGCCUGGCGAUUGGAGCUUCCUGUACUUUGUCUCUUCUUCAGGGACUCAGUACUUCUAUAGCAAUCCUGUGUGAAGAGUUUCCUCAUGAGUUAGGAGACUUUGUGAUCCUCCUCAAUGCAGGGAUGAGCACGCGACAAGCCUUGCUAUUCAACUUCCUUUCUGCUUGCUCUUGCUACGUUGGGCUAGCAUUUGGCAUUUUGGUGGGCAACAAUUUUGCUCCAAAUAUUAUAUUCGCCCUUGCUGGAGGCAUGUUUCUCUACAUUUCUCUGGCAGAUAUGUUUCCAGAGAUGAAUGAUAUGCUGAGAGAAAAGAUAACUGGAAGAAAGAAAGACUUCACCUUCUUCAUGAUUCAGAAUGCUGGAAUGUUAACUGGAUUCACAGCCAUUUUGCUUAUUACCUUGUAUGCAGGAGAAAUUGAACUGGAGUAAUAGGAAAUGGAAGAUGGUGUUAUUAGAAGGCAUUUCACAAAUAAAAAA